AUGGCCACUUUACAUGACAUCUUCCAAGUGACUACCGAUCCCAACGAUUCGCGUGGACUCCCACAUGUAGAGUCGGAUGAGCUGGAAGUCGCGCUCUGCAAUGGUGAUGUCGAUGCUCUUUUGUUAUUCCAAUUGACUGAGAACCCGGAUCUUAACAAGCCGUUUGCAUAUUUGAAUGGAUGUUUCUUACGUUGCCAGCAACAAAAGCGUUUAUUGAAGGGUCAGACUUCUGCGGGAUCUUUACAACCUCUUUUUGAGGAAAUCGAUAGGCUGGUAAUAGGGUAUGGUUUAGUUGCCUUCCAAAUUGAGAAUUUUUGUCUGAAUGGUGAUUUCAAUGCUUACAUUGACCAGAUAGUUAAAGAGGUGGAUAAUUAUACCGCCUUUUUGUCACAGUUGAUACAGAGAGCAACAGUGGAAGGGACCCUUUUGGAUUUGUUGGAGACUUUUUUCACUUCUCUCCUACAGUACCUGACAAAGACAUUACCAUAUUUUGAUCUUAACGAUUCCGCCACUUAUAAUGCUGUGAUUACGCUUUUCGAAAUGUUUGUUUCUUUCAAGCCAGUCGCUGCGAUAUUCAGUCAAGUUUCUCGGUUUUUUGGUAACUUUGAUUGCAAGGCCAAUGAAUUUGAGAAGACGACCAUUUUGGGUCCAUUAUUGACCUUAUCUCCACUGAAUCCCAACGUAGCUCUUAAAAACUACGGGGAGAACCUCGAACGCACACAACAACAGAAGAAUAUCAUACACGAGUCAUUACAAGCAGAGCAUAAGAUGGUGAUUGAUAGACUUCUUUUUCUAUCGUCGACAAGAUGUUGCGGGGCGUCUCCAGAGUCUCGUACCAAUUUGAUGACAUAUUUUGCCCAAAUUGUCAACAAGAACCAUCUCAGGAGAGGAGACCAUGCGAAUCAGAGCAAGCUGGCUUCCAAUGCUUUCAUGUCUAACAUAUCUCUCCUUUUGAUUAAAUUUUCACAACCGUUCCUUGACGUCUCUUACAAGAAACUCGACAAGAUUGAUGUCAAUUAUUUCAAUAACUUGAAUUUGUUUAUCGACCUUUCCGAAGAGACAAGAGUUAACUCAGAUUUCAAAGAAGCAGAUGAAUUUUAUGACAAAAAUAAAAAGGAUGAAGACUGUAAGCCAAAUUUUAUCUCUGAUUGUUUCUUCUUAACAUUAACAUAUUUGCAUUAUGGUCUUGGAGGUACCCUCUUAUAUGAUGAGAAGAUCACACCUCAGAUCAAAAGAUUGAGACAAGAGAUUGAUCGUAUCAAGAACCUUUCGCAGUCACAGGACAUGUUCGCAUCGUUUGCUACAAUGCAACUGAGACAGAUGGAAAAAUCUCUGAAAAUCACACAAGGUAUUAAAGAUGCCUUGCAGGGAUUUUUCUCUCACAAGGCGUUGCAACUUGAAGUAUUUGAUUUCAUAUGCGGAGCUUCCACCUUUUUAAUAAGGGUGAUUGACCCAAACCAUGAAUAUCCAGUCAAACCCAUUAAGUUGCCUUUAAUUCCGGAUCAGGUCGGUGUUGAAAAUGUUGAUAAUGCUGACUAUUUGAGAGAGCAUGCUCCCAUACCCUUCAAAUAUUAUCCAGAGUUUGUUGUGGAAGGACCAAUCAAUUACUCACUAUUCAUCUCACAAUACAAUUCAUCCCCAAUCUUCAGAAACCCUCGAUUGCAUUCAUUUGUAGAGUUUGCCACAGUCAUCUUACGUUGCCCUGAGUUAGUUUCGAAUCCCCAUUUAAAGGGUAAACUAGUUCAGCUACUAAGUGUUGGCGCCAUGCCGUUGACAGAUGAUUCACCUGGUUUCAUGAUGGAUAUCUUUGAGACUGACGAACUUGUAAAUCAAAACUUGCUAUAUGCGUUUUUGGAUUUCUAUGUCAUUGUUGAGAAGACCGGUUCAUCUUCACAAUUUUACGACAAGUUCAACAGCAGAUACAGCAUAUCGAUCAUUUUAGAGCAACUUUAUGAGAGAAUCCCACUUUACAGGAAGCAACUGGUCUGGCAGUCAAAAAACAAUGCCGAUUUCUUUGUUAGAUUUGUCGCUCGUAUGUUGAACGAUCUGACAUUUUUGCUUGAUGAAGGUUUGAGUAGUUUGGCAGAGGUGCACAACCUUCAAAUCGAAGUCGAUAACAGAGCUAGAGGAUUACCACCGGCCAGAGAGGAAGACGAACGUGAACUUCGUUCCAAGUUGUCUUCCGCCGAAAGACAGGCGAAAUCUUCAUGUGGUUUAGCGGACAAAUCUAUGACUUUGUUUGAGAUGUAUUCCAAAGACAUACCGAACGCAUUCACAACUCCUGAGAUCGUCGAUAGGUUAGCAAGCAUGCUUGAUCAUAAUUUGGAGUCCCUUGUUGGCCCAAAAUGCGGUGAGCUGAAAGUCAACGACCCUCAACAGUAUUCUUUCAACCCCAAGGCGUUGUUAAAAUCGUUGACAACCGUUUAUAUCAACCUUGCCGAUGAUAAGGAAUUUGUAUCUGCUGUUGCCCGUGACGGAAGAUCCUUCAAUAAGGAAUUGUUUCAAAGAGCAGUUCGUAUCUUAGCAAGAAAGAUUGGUUUAGUCUCUGACGAAUUUUGUCACAAGCUCCUGGCAUUCGCUCAAAGUGCAGAGGAGCAAAAGAUUGCCGAAGAAGAAGAAGAUCUGAAUUAUGGUGAUGCGCCAGAAGAAUUCUUGGAUCCAUUGAUGUAUACCAUAAUGAAGGAUCCUGUGACUUUACCCACUUCGAAAGUGAACAUUGAUAGAAGUACAAUCAAAGCUCAUCUUUUGAGUGAUUCAACAGAUCCAUUUAACAGAAUGCCCUUGAAAUUGGAGCAAGUUGUUCCAAAUGAAGAACUAAGGCAAAGAAUCCUUGAAUUUAGAAGACAGAAAAGACCAGCCGUUUAA